AUGAAAGAUGCCCAAUCCACAAUUAAGAUGUUGAGGGAAUUGAAUAUCAAACUUGUAUCUGAUAUUGCUGAACUUAGAAAGAAGAAUGCCGAGAUUCUUGAACUUAGAAAUAAAUUUGCCAAAGUCGAGGCCAAGAAUAUAAAAACAGACCACAAAGAAAAUGCUAAGAAUGCAAAGUUGAGAGAUGGUGAGCUCAAUGCCAGAAUCGUGGAACUAGAACAAUUAGAAAAUGGUGAUAAUUCUGAAAAUGUUGUUAAUAUACCCAACUCUGUUAUAGACCAGUGCAUUAAUUCUAACUCCAAAUCAUUAGUGGAUGAUACUAGGGAAAUUGAUCAAUCUUUGAUUAAUACUACCCUUAUUAAAAUAGAAAAUUCUAAUAAUACUCUGGCAUCUGAAAAUACUUCAAAUUCUGAUGAUGUAUCUAAUUUUGAUAUAUGCCAGGAAUCGGAAAACCAAUAUAUCACAUCUCCUAUUUUCAUAGAGCCUAAAUCAUUGGAAAACAUGGAAAUUGACGAUUUUCUAGAUUCAACACAUAAAGAAAAGGUUAGUAAAGAGAUAAUUCAGAGUAUUGGAGAGAAGAAACUUCGAGAUCAAGAGAAAAUCAUAACUUCUCAGGAUACUAAAUGUUCUUUGAGUGUAAAAGGAGGGCAGGGGUUGAUCCAAGAAUUAUUUACUCCAGAGCCGUCUCUACAAGAAUCAAAUAUAAUUCAAAACUAUAUGAUUGAAAUUUCCAAGACUGGCGGUCCCGAAAAAUCUAAUAUUGACGAAGCAUCACAACAUCUAGCUCAGUUAUGUGAUAAAGCUUUUGAUGCUGAGGAUGGUGCAAAUAGAGCAAACCAAGAAGAAAUCUUAAGUUGGUCCAUCUAUGAAAAGGAUUUCAAGAUUCAGUUCAAUGAGAUUAUUAAAAAUAGCAGAGGUAAAAUUGGUAAAAAGAAGGCAAGAAGUUUACUUUAUGAUUCAAUUACAAAACAGCUUUCUAUUAUCUAUAAAAAAAGAUCUCAAGAAUUGGGUUUACAUCUUCCAGAAAUAUCGCGGGAUGCUUUGCGCAAAAAAACUCAGAGAACUAAGAAAAUUUAUAUAUUAUUCGAAAAAAUAGGCCAUGAUAAAAUCAAAUACAUCAAAUUAUAUAGUGCGAAUUCCAUUUCAAAGCUUACUAAUGAUCAAAUUCAAGAGAUUAUAAAUUAUUCUUGCAGAACAUCAAUACAGAUAAUUCCCGGAAAAAUCACAUCUGAAAUAGAAACAGGUAAUAUAACCACUCCUUCUAUUCCAUUGUCCCAUACCUUUAGCUCCGUGACUGCCUCCAGCAAUUCAGAAGAUAAGAUAAUUGAGAAAGUUGAAUCUUUACCAGAAACCGAGACCAAGGUAAGUAUAUCUACUGAAUCUCAAGUUUCUAAUUCAUCUAGCUUUGAACUAUCUCAAGAAAAUAAUCAAGAUUCGGAAUUAUCAGCAGAGCUGGCACGUCCAAAAACUGAGGUAAGUGUAUCAUCAGAAAAUACAAAAGCAAAUGUUAGUAAACAAUCAACAUUCCAACCUCCAAUUUUUACCUUGCCUAAUGAUCUUAAAGAGAAGCAAGCACACAUUAUCAAAAUAGUAUUAGAUUGCUUUUCACAUUUAUUAUUAAAAUACAAUAAUAAAUAUGGUGAUUACUUUACUUGCUCAGUAUCCUGUUCUAUAUGCAAUAAAGAUCAUAAAAAAGAAAAUAUAAGAGAUAAUAUAGAGGGUAACUGGGGUAGUGGUGAUUAUGUCAAUACAAAGACUUAUCAUCUCAAAUGCUGGGAGGCUUAUCAGAAUUCAAUCCAAAUAGUAACCAUAAAAGCAUAG